AUGGCAAACGGCGCUGCAGUUGGCGCCUGCCCCAGCAGCGGUCCCAUAUGCAUGGUGCUAUUGUUGCUUGGCCUGAAUCUAUCGUUGACCAAGGCCUUGGAAAACUGGCAGCGUUUUCCCUCGCUCGACACAUUCGCCAGCUAUGAGGAUAUGCAACGCUACUUCGAUCAGCGCAACUUUCGCAGCAUGCGACACAUUGAGAAUCCAAACGAUGACAGCUAUUUAGCUGCCUUCAAUCAGUACAACGAGCAGCCAGCGAAUCCCUCACAGCUCGCUCAUCCACGCGCCAAGCGCGAGCAACGCCAACUGCCCACUGCGCCGCGCAUGCUGCGCUUUGAGCUCAGCGAUGCGGUAGAACCCAGCCAGGAACUGAAACAGUUUCUGCGUCAGCAUCAGGAUCGCUCGCUCAAGGCACAGUCCGCUAUCAGCAGCACGGCACAGCCGCCAGCUAGCAGCACCGCCAGCAGCAGGAGGACUCGGAAGCUACAUCGGUCACGAAGAUCCGCCAGCAAUCGCCAACCGGCCAACUUUAAGGUACAAAUGAUUCCUUUCGAGGCAACGGAUGCACGUGAGCCGGAUGCAAUUACCGCACAGCUGAUCAAGCGCGCCAGAGCCUUGGAUGUGCAAAGGGAGCCAGCGCCAGGGGAGAGGUCAACUACAAGGUCCCAACUGCGUACACGCAAGACCAAACGCUCCAAGCGCUCGGCGCCGCUGCAGUUGCUCAAGUUUGAGCUGGCCGAUGCAAAGUCAUCGCUGCCCGCGUCGCUUCAGCGUAGCAGCAAGCAGCUGACAUUGCCCAGCUUACUGACCAUGGAAGCCGCUGCGCCGACGCUUCAAAAUCAAACGGCAAUCGGUGGCACACAGGAGACGCGCGUCGAUGACAACAUGGUCAUGUCUGGCGAGGCUGCAGCCGAGUCCAAGCGCAUGUAUAUCUACAAGGAGGCGCCUGCUACACACAUCAAGUCGAAGAAGUCACUUAGUGCUCUGCCCCACGAGGUGCAGAAGGUCAUCACCCAGCUGAUCAAGGAGGGGAACGGCGGCAAGGCAUAUAUCAAGUAUCUGCCGCCCCAGAAAAGCGACUAUGAGCACUUCAAGGUCAAGCCCGUCUCAUAUGUGCCCAAGCCAGCUGCGUAUAUGAAGUAUGUGGCCACCAAGGCGGUGGAGCCAGUUCAUGUGCACAUACAGCCCGUGCCCGUUGUGGAGCAGCUGCGUUAUGUGUACAAGCCCAACUAUGCCAAAGUUUAUCCUGUCGCGCCCACUUUAGUACAGCCCAUUGUGGUGCAAGAAGCAGCGCCCGCCGGCCCCAUUACAGAGGAAGUGCAUCACACUUACAGCGCCAAGUUGGCCGCACCCGAAGCUGCAGCUGAGCCGUCGCUGCAACAUGUGGCACCACAGUUUCGUCCAUCCAAGCCGGAUCCGUUGCAAUCAGAGCUGGUGGAAACCAAUCCCAUCUACGGUCGACCCGUUGAACAGUACAAAUAUGAUAUUCAAGCGGAGCCCAGUCCCUCUACGGCGCCAAUGAUAAAGAUCGAGUACCACGCAUCUGCGGAUAGCAUUAAUGAGCAUUACAAGCAGCUGCCAGAGUUUCGUGAGCUGUCCACACUGAUUGGCAAGUCACCCGACGAUCAAAUCCAUGGGCUCACCUAUCUGCUGGCCAAGGAGAUGCAGGCGAAGAUGCAGCGACAGCCAAAGGCUCAAAUCCCAGAUCCACGCCCACAGGACAACACUGCGCCUAUACUCUUCCAUCCGCAGCAGCAACCGGCGCCAGCAACUGCCACACUCAAGACCUUGACCGUAACGGAACACGGCUCGCUGGGCGUGCAGCCGGGCCGACUUAUUGGCAUGGCCAAGACCAAGCAGUAUGUGCCCAUUGUUGAGCCGGGCAACAACGAUGUCAAAGAGCUGCCCGUGGUGCCCAGCACCGCUGCUACUAAACUGCCCACGCCCAGCUCCUUCAUUGAUUUCUCGCCCGGCCACGGGCUGUCGCGCGGUUACGAGGGCGUCCACGAUGAGCAGCCGUUAACCACCGUCGAGCACAUCGUGCAUCAUCCAACGCAGACACAUCAUCACGGACUGCUAGCAACAUCUCUGCCAGCUGAAUUGGAGGCCGAUAAGAUUGCAAAUGGCUUGCACUAUGUGCACAGCCAGGACGACAAGGCGGUGAGUGCUAGAUCUUAA